AUGAAUGAAUCAUAGUAAAAAAACUUUUAGCAAUUGUAAAUGUUAGAAUAAAAGAGCUCUGAAAAGUAGCUUUAAAAGAGAGAUAGUCUUUAUUCAAGUGAGCCUAAAAAGAAAAUAAACUUUUUGAUUUAAGGAAACUAAAACAAUGAUUUACAGAGUAAUAACAGAGACACGGCAUCUGUAAAGUAAAGCAAAGAUUUUAUAAUAGAAAGCAAAAAUAAAAGGAAUAGUGGUCUUAAAUUUUUUAAAAUAGAAAAGCCUCAUUCAAACCAAGUACAAAAAAAUGAAGCAACUCAAAGCUAAGCAAUAUACUAAAUAAGCAGAUAGCUAAAGAAUCCAAUCGUAAGAACAAAUAGUCUUAUGAAGGAUUUUUGUUAUUUUUAAGAUGCAGAUAAUGAAGAAGGAGUGAAACUCAUGUAUGAUGAAAGUCUAGUAGAGUGGAAGAAGUUUUAAAAUAGUAGGAUAAAUGAACCUACUAGACUUAAAAGAAAAAGCAACUAAGCUCCAUAGCAAAACAUAUUUCUUUCUUUAGGCAAAAAAAAAAGAAUAUCGAUAAAGGAAAUAUAAAAAGUAAAGGACGAAUAACAAUAAUAGUAACUUUAAGCAUAGCAGUAAGAAGAAAAUUAAAAGAUUAUCCCUAUGGCUAUGAGAAGAAAGAGUUGCGAAUGCUUAUACUGCGGAAGGCUUAAUUCUAAACAAUUAUAACUGCAAGACUUACCUUUUAUCCCGAAAUAGCAUAAAAAGCAAUAUGAUAUCAUUUAUAGGACGUCUUUAAUUCUAGCUGUUCCAUUAAGAAAGCUACAAAAACCUUCUCCUCCUGAUUCUCCUAAGAAAGUUUCAAAAUCUUAAACUAACAUAACUUCAGCAAAUGGAUAGAGAAAAAGUUUUUAAUAUACAGAGAAAGUAGAAAAGAUAUAAUAAAAGAGUAAAUUAGGAUAAGCUUAAAAUAAAAUCGAUAUUCAAAUUAAUUUAUCUCCAAACACUUCAAUUGAAAGGAUUGAAGAUAAUAAUUUAGAUAAUAAAUAAUCUUUCAGAAAUCUCAAAUGGGAAGAUAGAGUUAGCGAGACUUCCAUUGAAGAAAAUCCAACAAAUUAAAAAUUGAGACACAAGACUGUUUUGGUAAGAAAAAAUUCUAAGUUUGAACCUUCUCAUAGUCCUUAGGGAAGCUAAAAAAAGAUUAAAGUAGAGGGAGUUUUAGAAAAAUCAGUAAAAGAAAAAAGCAAGUGUAUGAAAGCAAUGAUGAACUUUUUAAAAAAAAUAAUUGAUAAGGUAUAAAAAGAGGAGUUAUAGAAAAUAAAUAAAGAUUUAGAAAAUAAUGAAUAAAAAUCAGAUAGAAAUAAAGAUAAAGCUCUCAAUAUAGAAAACUAAUUAAUGGUAAAAAGCGAAAAUAGCAACAAUAUUUAAGGAUAAGAUUCUUAAGAUAUUUUAAAUAAUCAAGAGACAGAUAUUUAAGAUUCACAGUACAAUAAAAAAAAUUCACUUUUAAAUACAUAAAAUACUUUGCCUAGGGAGUUUUAGAGAAAAAAAAGUAGUGUUGGUGAUCUGUUUAAACCAAGGAAUAUGAAGGUUUCUAGUAACUCUCAUACAGAUAUUAUUUAAAUUUAUUAGAGAAGUGAAAAAGAAGUUAUACAAUAAAUGGAAACUCUAAGCUAAUUUAGAGAUCGCUAUCUUAAGUAAUUUUCCAUCUCUAAAGUUUAUAAUAACAAAAAAUCUAAGAAAAAUAAAUCUGUAAAUGAAAGAAAUCUUGAAACUAAAUCAAGCUAGACUAAAAGAGAUUUCCAGCUUGGAAAUCAUGCUUCGGGUAAAGAUGAGUAAAGAAAAAAAAUGGAUAGUUUAAUUGAUCAAUUAAUGGUAUUUUCCGAGAACCAUACUCCUUUGCUGCAGUCUCCAUAUUAUGCAGAAAUAAAAAGUGAGGAGCAGAUCUUUGAUAAGCAGUAUAACAAAAAAAACUUUUAUCAAAAAGUGUUCACUUAAAAUUUAAUAUUAGAAGAUAAUCAUUAUUUUAAUCCUUCUUAAACUACAAGAAGUUUUUAUGCAGUCAAUAAUAACAAUAAUAAUAAUGUAAACUCUAAUUUCACUCUUUUAAAUGUCCCUACAGUAAACACUUUUACAGUGUUAAAUCAAUCAUCCUCUCCUUUACCUUCGAAACCACAAACUUCUUCUUCAAACAAAAAGAAACAUAUUAUUUUUGCAUAAAGUAUUUAAGAGAAUAAAAGUGGUGCCUUGAAUGGAUUUAAGUAUUCAAGUGGAAAGAGAACCCUUUCAUCAAGUGAUUUAUUAUAAUAGAAUAAAUCAGCAAAGUUUAAUUCUUAUUUACAACCUCUUUCUAGUCAAAAGCUCUUUUCAUCUUCAAAUUUUUUAUCUCCUCCACUUUAGAAUAAUUAUUAGCUCAAUGGUAAUACUCAAUAACCUUAAUAGCAAUAAAAUAGCAAAAAAAUAGCUAUAGGGAUGAAUGGGAGAAAGAGUUACAAUAUUUUGAAUUAACAUUCUCCAAAAAAACCAUAUCAAGUAUCAACAGCAAGAUUUGCAAGUUUUUAGUCAACUUUUUUUCCAAAAAAAUCAGAAAUUAAUUCCACUAAUGCUUUAGACAAUCAUACUACAAUAAAAAGUUUUAAAGAACUUGACUUACUUUUAGAAGCUCCGACUGUUUCUUAGUAAGCAAGUAGCAAAUAAAAUUCUUUAAAUUCAACUCUUUACAAAAAAGGUUCAAAACCAUAAGCAAAAAUUGCUGCUAUUACUUAAUAAGGUAAAGAUAUUCAUCAAAACUUCAGUUACAAAGUAAAUUAAAGUCAUAGUUAACCAACAUCCUCCUAAGAAAAUACUAUUGUCAUAUAAAAUGAACCAGUAUUAAAAAAUAGCUCUAUUGCUAAAGAAAACCAAGUAUUAAGCUUGAAUAAUAUUAAUAAUAUUGAAAAUAGCAGCUAAGCAGUUGCUGAGUGA